AUGAGACAAAACUUUAAAAACGUUGGCGUACUAGAAUGUACAGAAUUCCGGAAGCUAAUCAGGCUGUAUAAUAUAACAUUUUGGUGGUGUCAUUUUCGAGUGCAUAUGCUUAAAGUUCCUUUCAAGAGGUUAUCUUUGAAUGCUGGAAUGUCUAAGUGGAAUCCUAAAUUAACUGCAGAGCAACUACUUGUUUUACGUGAUAAGCAUACCGAACGUCCUCACACUGGGGCUUACUUGCUCAAUAAAAAUCAGGGGAUAUAUCACUGUGCUAACUGUGAUCAACCGCUAUAUAGUAGUACGACGAAGUUUGAUUCAGGUUGUGGCUGGCCGUCGUUCUAUCAACCUGUUAAUCCCGAUGUGUUAACAUAUCAUAAAGAUACUAGUUUAGGGACAGUAAGGAUAGAGAUAUGUUGCAGCAAUUGCGAUGGGCAUUUGGGUCAUGUGUUUGAAGGGGAAGGGUGGGAUAAGUUGUUGUCGAUUCCCAAGGAUACUAGACAUUGUGUUAAUAGUUGUUCCUUGAACUUUAAAACAGCGGAGUAA